AUGCAGCGGCUUUUCAAGACCAACAAGUCGCAGGCCUCCAUAGAAGACCCUCAGACACACCCUGAUCCACAUCCCCAUCAGCAGCAGCAACAGCAGCAGCAGCAACCGCCCCAGUCUCAGCAUCUGGGACGUUCACAACCUUACUUCGACUCCAAGCAGCAGCACCAACUUUAUCCUCAACAGCCUCCUCCACCACAGCAGACGUCGAUAGAUCAUCAUUAUCAGGGACAAGCCUCGGAUUCUCUGUCACAAGCUCAGCCGCCGGUUGCCCCUCCCCACCUGGGACGCACCCAAAGUGGUCGCAGUCCAUCCAUCCCGGACGUGUAUGGACAAAGGCCGCAAGUGAACAUUGUGCCUCCUGUGUCCCAGCAGCACGCAUUCAUUCCCGAAGGCCCUGCUCCCGUUCCGGGACAGACGACAUUUGGUCAAUCGAGGCAGGUUCGGACUCUUGAGGAUAAAGAGCACAAACGAUCCAAGCGCAGUUUCAUCACCAGCCUGAUCAAAGACAAGAGCAAGGACGAAGACAAACAGAGGGACAGGGAAAAAGAAAACGGCCCACCUGAGCGCAAACCUCUUGGACGAUCGAGCUCUGUACAUCUUUUGAGGAAGUCGCAUCCUCCUGAGCAAUCAUCUCGCGAUUCAUAUUCAACCCAGACCUCGCCACAGUCUCAACAUCCGGCCAGACAUUCGACGUAUUAUUCCUCUCCACCGCCGACCGACACUACCACCGCACCCACAGAUCAGGCCGCGGACCAAGCCCAAUACGAGCAAUACCAGAGAGCUCCAGGCCAAUUCGACUCUCCACAAAGCCAAUUAACCCAUCAUUCCGUCGACUACACCGAAGACGCUCCGCACUUCAGUCCCCAGCACGACCAGUACCACGCAUAUCACCAAGGCGAGUCUGCCAAUACCUCGGAACACUACCUACCCUACCAGCCCCAGCAACCUCGAUCUACCAACGCAGAGUCUGACCCAUAUCAACACCUUAGACCGCCAUCGCAAGCAUCCCUUGGUCCUCCUUCUCCGAUCAACCCCCCAGCCCAUCCCCAAAUUGCUCAAGACUCUCGUCCCUCGACAGCGGCAACCAAUCGUUAUUCUUCACAGUCGGCCACUCAAGGCCAACAACCGGUCCAGACUGCCAUGGCACGAGGAGAUCCACCCAACGGCAGUAUUCGUCAGCAGUUGUCGCAGCGGGAAGCUCGGACUGAAGAUCAGAAUCAGUAUCAAAGCCAAAGCCAGGCCGACCCACGAGUGAGAAUGUCUCAACAAGCGGCUUCUGAGCAAGGCCGAAGCACACCUCCUCCACGAAGCCGGGAGGACAUUAGCCAACUAGACUAUAACCAACUUCUGCAACGUCAUGAGGAGCUACAGGCCAAGUAUUCCAAGGUCAAGCGAUACUACUUUGAGCGGGAGGCUCAGGUCACGCAGUUACAGAAUACCGUGGCCAACCAGCGUCUCUCCAUGUCCAAAACAUCGCUCGAUGACGCCCAAUAUACAGCGAGAUUUGAACGUCUAAGCCAGGCGAUCAACAAUCUUUCCUUCAACAUCCGUAAAAAUUGGCGGGCGAUUCCACCCUGGCUGCGACAUGUAUGCAAUCAGGACGCUCAUACCGUCGGCACGAAAGAAAUGACGGCGAUCGGACGAGCGUGCAUCACUCGAUGGCUCUACGAAAGUAUCUUCCAGCACACGUUUCACCCGGGCAUUGAGCCAUCGUUGUCCGCGCAAUUGAAACACAUCGAACAUACCUUGCGUCGUGGAGGGCACGCGGGCACUCUCUUGACCGAUGAACAGCGGGACGAUCUGACAACCAAAAUCACCACCUGGCGACUGACCACCAUUGAAGGUCUGCAGGAUGUGCUCAACUCGCCACAAGCGGAACAUUACGCCGAGACCAUGAACAAACAUUACACUCACCAGCUCACGGAAUCGCUGAAAGCGAACCUGACGGAUCCUCCGCCACCCGGGCUUGUGGAGGGAGUGGGCAUGAUUGUUGGGCAAGCGAUCGGCAUCGCGUCCAAUAUCCCGCUGGAAUCGCGAGAGAUCUGUAUUGAAUACUUCAUGCCGGGCACUCCUGUGAAUGAAACAUACAUGAAGAUCGAACCACAAAUUGUCGCCUUGACCAACCCUGGCCCAGACGAACGCGUCCUCCAACAACAGGCCGCUCAAGCCAAGGCGCAAGAACAGGCACGAGCACAGGACGAAGGCGAUCAAAUGAGCACAGCCAGCACAGAUGACGGACCGCGAGACCGUGAUGUCGAAGCCGAAAUUCGUGAAGCUGCCGGCAAAGCUGCGUCGCAGGCAGCCCAGCCACCCGGCGGCCCCGGCACUGGAGGCCAACAGGGACGCAACGAAAGCGGGACAAGCACCAGCAGCCAGGCGACCGUCAAGGGUCCCAGCGAGAAGCACUCCAAGAAGUCCAGCUUCCUGGGUGGGUUCGUCAACAAAAAGCCCUCCAUCUCGGCGCGUGGUGAGAGCCGUUCCGAAGGAGCGCCUUCUACUGGAAACGACGGCGAGGACCAACGUGGACAGGUCAGGCACAGUAUGGCAGUCGAUCCGGCACAACUGGCUGCGCAACCUGGCGCGAACGAGGGACGGAUCAGAUUUGCAGCGUUUGUGGCGGUCGAGGUCCGAGGAAAGGGGCCAACAUCGAAUGCGUUGGGAGGUGGUGCGAACGGUGGGAAAGAGCCUGGAUCUGCUGCUGCGGGGGCAACCUCACAGUCUGCCGUCAACGUGCUGUUCAAGGCACCAGUCUAUGAAUUCUAG